AAAAUAUGUCCCUUAUAACGCAGUUAUUUAUGAGCACGAAACAAACAUCCAACUGACACACCUGAGAAAGAAAUGUUUUUUGCGAAGGUGAUUAGCAUACUGAGUAUUCAUUCAGCAAUCUCUAUUACAGCAUGGGGAAGUGCUAUAAGUGGAGGCUGCACCAUUACUGAAUUUUCUCAAGUGUCCCAAGUAGUGAACAGCUGUACGAAUAUAGUGGUGAAAAAUUUGAAUGUUCCUGCUCAGCAAACACUGCAUAUGAAACUGAAAAAAGAAAGUACUCUGUCAUUUGAAGGUACCACUAUCUUUGGAGUAGCCAAUUGGGAAGGUCCUCUCAUUAAAAUUGAAGGCGACACUGUCAAAAUAGAUGGAGCAGAAGGUUCAAAAUUUGAUGGACAAGGAGCUGAAUACUGGGAUGGCAAAGGAGGUCAAGGUUCUAAGAAGCCACUCUUCUUCACAUUUCAGGGAAGUGGAGAAUUGACCAACAUCAAUUUACUCAACUGCCCAGAACGUUGUUCUGAUGUUCAUGGAUCUCAUAUUACCAUCGAUCAUUGGAAUAUCGAUGUUUCUGCUGGAGAUAAGAAUAACUUAGGCCACAACACUGAUGGAAUCGGCGUAUGGGGAGAAAACAUAAUCGUCAAGAACAGCGUUGUGAGGAAUCAAGACGACUGUUUUGUUAUGGCUCGUGGACGGGACAUACAUGUCAGCAACCUAUACUGUUCAGGAGGCCACGGGAUCAGUAUGUCGGUGGGUCUGAGCAAAACUUCCUUUGAAAGCAAUUUCGUUCAAAAUGUCACCUUCAAAGACAUCACCCUUGUUAAUUCGGACAAUGGAAUUCACCUCAAAACACACAAAGACGGUGGUCCGGGACUUGUGGAACAUAUUACCUAUAAAAAUAUCACCUUGAAAGGUAUUAGACGAUAUGGUAUAGAAAUCCAACAGGAUUAUCCAGAAAAUGAUGGAAAACCAACAGACAAUAUUCCAAUAAGAGACGUGACGGUGAUUGGAGUGAGGGGCACUAUGACUGGUAAACAUUCUGUUCCAGUUAGGGUUUCGUGUAGUACUGGAGCUUGUGCUAACUGGAACUGGUCAGAGGUUGAUAUUAAAGGAAACCAUAAGCCCUGUUCUAUGAAUUUUAAACCUAACGGGUUCUCUUGUUGACUUCCCACAAGACAAAAUAAAUCUUUCGAAAACACUUUUCCAACACCGAAACAAAAUUAGAUUAGAGAUGAUAAUAUGUUUGAUGGAAAAAUAUACGGCUAUUGUACUCUAAUUUUAAAACUUAAUAAAAUAGUAGAACUUCACAAAAAUGUA